AAAGACUCGUCGAGAAUUAUAAGUCCAAAAAGUAUCACUAAAUCUAAAUAAAAACGUAGUUCCAUAUACGCGCCGUGCGAAAUCGUAGAACAAACAGCGCACCGAAACUUCACCGAAAAUCAAAUCUACCUCGACUGCCGGGGUGACCUUGAAUUAUGAAAGGGAAGGAUUAUGUCCACAUAAUUCUUUCAAUAUUCAUCAUCGCUGCAGCAAAUGUUGCGUCUCAAUGCGUUUCGCCAUCACCUCUUGGUCUACAACUCAUAAUGGACUAUGCAAGGUGGAGAUCCUUGGAUCAGUUGGUUAUCUUCGACAAUUUAAGUCCAAAAAAAUGCCAUCGAUCCUACACCAGAUCCCUGCUCUCGUGUUGCGGUGAUAAAGGGAUGAAAAUAUCGAUUCGAUCCACCCUGGAUGAACAUUUGACCGACGUUCUGCAACAGCUUUUAUUCAUCAGAGGGCAUCGGGUUGGAUCGGUCAUUUUUUCAGAGGGACUGAACCUUACGUCCCCCGACAACAUAUUGCAGUUGGCCUCGCAGAAGCAGCAUUUCAAUUAUUACACCUCAUGGCUGAUAGUGGCGACGAAACGCAGCGAUGCAAUCAUCGAUACUUUUCUUCGUAUCCUCAACAUCGGAAUCGACAGCGAUGUGAUCGUGGCGACUUCACCCUUGUCUCAUAAUCAGGCGACAGAUGUAGCCCGUCAGAGCUUGAAUAGAUCUUGUUCUGCGCUGCACGAGUAUGCGACGAAGUACAAGGUGCCUAAGGUAUCGUCUGGGGUUAAAAAGCGGGAAAAUGUUUCGAGGAAUCUCGAUUACGUCGUGCGAGAAAACAAGACAAUCUCAUUUUAUCUGAACCACGUCUACAAAAUACGAAAUUCAGAAAAUUCUAGUCUCGUCGUUGACUUUUUGGGCUCCUGGAAUCCCGGCGCUUACGCUUUGAAGUUACCCGUCAGCGUAGAGUUGAGAAAUAAUUUUCACGGUUUUCCACUUCUGGUUGGUAUUUUGAAUUCGAGUAGCGAAAUUCAAACGGAUACCGUUGACGAGGAAGAGAUGAGCGAUAUUUUACCAUUGUUGGACAUAAUGAGCUUUGUUGCGAGCGGAAUAAAUGCGAGCAUAGAAUUGGUUCCUCAUGAAAAACUUGGAACAAUGACGAACAAAGCUUGGAGUUAUCUUUUGGGAGAUGUGGUUUCCGGUGCGGUAGACAUCGGCUUGGGCAACAUAAACGUAAACGAUGAACGUCAGCGAGAAAUGAGCUUCACACAUCCCAUAAUUCAGUCAAUGAGGAACAUUUAUUUUCAUCCACCGGAAUCCGGUUCCAUGAGAGACAUAUUUCUCCAACCGUUCAACAAUCAACUUUUGGGAUGUGUCGCCGGUACCUGUAUUUUGAUAGUUUUGGCAACGACGGCCAUAAAUUAUGCCGUGAAAAUCGCCCUCAACGACGAAACUGAGACCAACGCUUCGGGAUUAGGAGAAGCCGCCUUGUGGUGCAUCGGCAUAAUGUGUAUGCAAGGAUCACCGUGGAGCCCCAGAAGUCCCGCGGGAAAGACAACGCUCCUGAUAAGUCUUGUUUUCGCAUUGGUCAUUUACAACGCGUACGCUGGAUUCAUUACCUCGAUAUUAUCCGUACAAGCCGCUGGGAUAAAAUCUCUCGCCGACCUUUUAUUCAACAAUUACAAACUCGGAUACAGCGUUUCAGACGACGAGUACAUCAGGAACGCGAACGACAGCAACCUCCGUGAGCUCUACAUAAAGGCUUUCAACGGCCGAGAGGCACGACUGGACACAACUUCCGGUUUACAAAAAGCUGCAAAAGGUGGUUACGGCUUUUUUGUCAGUGCAAGACUGGCCAGAAGAGCCCUUCGCACUACUUUGUUGCAUAACAGAUGCUCCCUGAAAGAAUUGAUAAUACCACAGACGUUCACCGUCGUGGCGUUGCCCAUGGCCCAUACCUGCCCGUACAAAAAAAUCAUCAAUCACAGCGUGAUGCGCAUCAGCGAAGUUGGCGUUUUGAGUCGUAUAAGCGAAAGGAUGCUUCCAGGGAUGCCCCGAUGCGAAGCACCGACGACCUUCCACAGUGCUCGUCUCGCCGACGUUUAUUCGGCCUUCGUAAUUCUCGUUACCGGGGUCAUGAGUGCUCUCACCCUAGGAAUAUUUGAACGAGUUUGGAGACAGAGGAAAUCCCUUCGGGAGAGAGUUAAAAGAGCUAUACAAAUGAACCGUAAAAACGGUCAAGGGCGAGGUCGGGAUGAAGGUGAGGGUGAAGGUGAAGGUCACGGGUUCGCGGCGCCAACGAGAACUGGAAAAAAAUUUGACCGUCAAGUUUCGAGGGAGGCCGCGAGGGAAUGCGAUAACGAGUUGCCAUUUAUUAGGAAUUUUACGAAUAUCUCGAAAAAAAUGAGACCGCAAAACAUGAGUUCAGGUUCUGGAAUGACUCGCGAAGAUUCGCGAGCGAAUCUAAUGGAAUCCGAAUUGAACUACAACGAGAAAUCUUUGGACGGGGUAGGGGAACACCCGGGCAAACUGGAUCGCGUGAAACCUGUGAUAUAUUAUAUUCCAGGGACUCAAUUGUUCUCACCGAAUAGAAGAACUGGAAAUAUCGAUCGAUCUUCAACCGUUAGUAAUGAAGAUGCAAGUAAUAGUAACAAUGAUAAGCAAGCAUAUCCCUUCCACGAUUAAUUGUAAGUGUACGCGGUGUAAUAUUGCGAAGUUUUCCACCUAUACCCCGUUGUUUAUCAGAUUGCUGUUAUAUACCUAGUUUAUUAGAACGCACGCCGCCAAAGUAAUUUGCAUGAUUAAUCACGUUUUAUGGAUGGGCGGGCGAUGCUUCUUGGUAAUUAUAUGUAUAUGUCGUGCAAUGUAUAUCAAUAACUUAUAAUAAACGUCAUACAUACGGA